AUGUCAAGUGGCGGUAUAUCAUCUUACCGGGGAUGUAGACGUACCAUAGAAGAUAGACGCUUUUUAUAUUGCGGUGGUUGUAAACAGAUUUACGAUCUUGAAUGUGCAGAUGUCUCAGAGCAGCGUUUCUAUAAUACCCUUACGAAGGAAUACAGAGAGGCCUGGAGAUGGGUUUUGUGCAAGAGCUUGCAUCCCAAAGCUGAUAACAGCAACACUCCAGUUCGAGGCGGCGCUGACGGUAUCAUAAUUCACCGUGGAGCCGCUGUAAGGAGCCCUACAGAAUUAAAUAAGUCUAUCGUGGAGCAGCCUUCUUCUCCCAACGAUACUGCUCACAAUAUGACUAUAGAAGUGAGUGAUUUCAGGCUUUUGUGA